CUCUCUCUCUCUCACAGUUCCUCUCUACCUUCUCUCUCUCUCUCUCACUGGUCAUUGCAACAACGUCAAAGCGAUUCUUCCAUCAAUCGCUCUUCGAUUCGCAGGGAGGCCACACGGGCGUGCAACGAUGACGGAGGCGAUGAUAAGGAAGAAGCCGGGCAUGGCGAGCGUGAAGGACAUGCCCGUCCUCCAAGACGGGCCGCCGCCGGGCGGGUUCGCCCCCGUCCGGUACGCCCGCCGCAUCCCCAACACCGGCCCCAGCGCCACGGCCAUCUUCUUGGCCGCUUUCGGCGCCUUCUCUUGGGGCAUGUACCAGGUCGGCCAGGGCAACAAGAUCCGCAGGGCAUUGAAGGAAGAAAAAUAUGCUGCGCGGAGAGCCAUUUUACCUGUGCUGCAAGCUGAAGAGGACGAAAGAUUUGUCAAAGAGUGGAAAAAGUAUCUUGAGUAUGAGGCUGAAGUUAUGAAGGAUGUUCCUGGUUGGAAAGUUGGUGAGAGUGUCUACCACUCUGGGCGGUGGGUGCCCCCUUCUACCGGUGAGCUCCGCCCUGAUGUUUGGUGAUCCAGUUCUGCAUGUGGCCGCUUUCCAAUUGUCAUGAAGUCAUCUGUUUUCCGCAAUGCAACUUUUCUAGUGAUCUUCUGCUUAUUUCGCUGGCUCACAAUGAAAUAAAAAUUGGUCUCGAAUCUUUGUACGUGAACCCUGACCAGAGUUGAUCAUCCUGUUCCUUCAUGUUAUUAUCAUUGCGUAAGUUUAAAGGAAACCCUGAAGCACCUUUGUGUUAACGUUUACUUACUCAGUGUUUGGGAGGACCUGGCUGUAUUAUUGGCUCUGAUCUUUUACUCAUUAUGGAGCUGAAACUCUAUUGAGGUUGGACUGUCGGUUGCAGCAUGUUCUGAAGCA